AUGACCGAGAACCCUACCAUUCCUUCUCCUUCCGGUCCCCCGCAGCCUACCCUCGCAGCUUCGACCAACCCUCUCGAAGACGCCGAAAACCAUCUUGGUGAAAUCCAGUGCAUUUGCGAGAUUUCCGAUGAUGAUGGCUUCACCAUAUGUUGCGACAUCUGUGACAGCUGGCAGCAUCUUGUGUGCGUUCAGCUCACCAAGGAAAACCUGCCAGCAAAGUACUAUUGCCCGAAAUGUUCACCACGGACUCUGGACAUUCAAAAAGCCAAAGAUAUUCAACGGCAGCGACGGGCAGAAGAGCAGGCGAAAAGAAGUCACAAGAAAAAGCGACCGGUUGCGACAUCACACAAGAAAAAAGAACAUGCAAACGGAACAGCCCCAGGCAGGUCAUCCUCGGGAACGGACAAGACGGCAACGACACAGGGCUUGGGCAAGCCGCCCAGCCCUAAGGAAAACCAACAACCCUCUGGCCGAAAAAGGGGUCAUAGGGGCUCACAAAGCAUCUCAAAUCCACCUAUACAACCCGUUGUGGGACCAGCGACCUUUAACAAUAUUGUUAAUAAUGACACGAUUUCUCUGGAUUCGUCCCGAAUUGCUCCUCCGACCCACAACGGCGACACAGAGAGCGACACAGACUAUGAGAAUAAACGCGAUUUCGCUACCGCAAUUGCUGAUAAAUAUGGGGAACCCUCCCAGGCCUUCAUUGAGAAGCCAGUAUCUACUACCCACUUGGUGAGAAUUGAUACUCCUAACAAACUAGCCUGUUGGGCUGACCAGCUAAUGGAAAAGAUGGCGGAAUGUUCAUGUUCGGGGGCGAAUGAUUGUCAAAUGAAGAGUGAGCAUUCUGCACUCAAGCCUCCUAUCUCGAAUGGAAGGCGAAAGGCCAAGAGAAAUGCAUCCCUGGAACCGAAUAUUUCCGUCAUUCCCAAAGAGCCCUGUUCCGAUUCUGGGCCUCCAAACGACGAAGACGACGAUGAUAACCGAUCGGUUUCGGCACCUUCAUCGAGAAGCAAGCCUCGCAGCCGUGAUUUGACACCAUCGGCCUCGCUCGAUACUGCAAUAGAAAAUGAAAUGACUGCACGAGACGCUCGAAAGCUGAAAGAUGUAUUGUCACUCAUCGAAAAACAGGAACAGCCACAGCCAGUCAAACGUCGGAAACGAAACAGCACAGUUUCCAGAGACAUGCCUGCAGGUGGACUUUCUUUGCCACGUCCUAAAUCAGAUCUAAAAGAUGGGACGAAAGGAGCAGAUGCAAAUAAGAAGCAGAAAGUCCCUAACGGUCAGAAUGCACCAUAUUCACCUACUGUCACUACCCCUGCUUCGAUGUCAGUUGAGUAUAGUGUCACCGACGCAAGUGUCGGUAGAAGAGGUUCCAAUUCUCCAGUUCCUUCCGAGCCAGGAAAAUCACGUCGCAGAGCAUCUAUUUCUCCAACUGGGCAAAACAAUGGCGGAGACCCAAAACAUCGGAGUAAAACUAUCGCAAAACCUCAACGACUGGUGCAAUUUAAAGAUGCUUCAAUGCAAACCGACCCUGUUGAAGAUGAGGUGCCGUGGUGGCGACUGGAUCCGAAGAUGUCGCCGCCCAGGCCUCCUCGGCUUCCUCUUAGGAAACGAUUGAUGCGAAGUAUGCUGCGAGAUAGAGACGAAGCAGGAAUCAUUUCAACUGAAGAUAGAAAGCGGAAGCAUGGUGAUGAGGUGUCAUCGGACCCGGAAAGCGCUCCUGCUUCCAAGUCUGCCAAGUUAUCUUGCGGCGGAGGUGUAUCUGUGCCGAACGCCCCGCCAACAGAUAUCAAACAAUCUGCAGAAACAGAACCAAUGUCUUUGCAAUAUACGACUGCAAACACUGUCAAGUCGGCGGCACAGGACUCGGUAACACAGAUAUCAACCAUACAUGUGCUUGAUAUCCAUGAUAAGUCCACGCCACCACCUGGCCCUGCCCUGGCAGAUAUCUUUGCGGAUUCUGAUAGUACCACAUCCUACCCAAGCCAAGGCUCUGUGGCUGCAGCCAAAUCACCCACUGAGCUAUCACCGAAGACUACUGAUCAGUCCCAAGUCAAUGGAAAUCGAUCUGAGUUGCAAGUACAGCUGCCGACACCUACCACCCCUUCAACACAAAGCGCACCUGCGCUUGGCCCAGUUUCCCUACAAUCCCCUUUAACAGUUGUGCCGCAUUUAGCGAAUGCCAACUCUAUAUUCAAUAAUUGUCUAGCUCAGCCUAGCCCAACUCGAACGAAGAAACUGAGUUUGAAGGAUUAUGGAAAGCGGAAGCAAAAGGUUGAAGUCGUUGACAAAGCCGACGAAAGGCUAGGAACGAGGUAUUCAACUGAGGGUCUACCCUCAAAUUCUGAAAGAUCACCCUCGCAUUCGAGUCCCUCGGAAGAGCCUCGAAAGCUUGCUGAUCAUUCAUCAGAAUUGAUGCAAGUGGUAACGAGUCCGUCCUCUGAAAUGUCAUCUCAUAUGAUGUUGGAUCCUCCCAGAGUACCAACUGGGCCAAAAGAUCACAGGACAGGAAAUCACUAUGUGCGGUAG